AAGACAGCUUUCAGCGGUGUCACAUGGUGGUGCUACAGUACUUGGGAAGUCGUCUGUUGUGUGCGAUCGAUGUUUGGAGAUCAUUUGGUUAUGCCUAUGUUUUUUCGGCCAUUGAUGAAGGGUCUACUGACUGACUGACUAGCACUACGGGUGAAAGUCAGAUGGGAACUGUAAGUGACCUUACACUACAGUAAAAGGCGGUUUCGAAGGGUGUGUUUUGGGCGUUUCGUUUUUUGUUCAGAUCUGAUAAAAUGUGUUCUAUGCAGUCCAACUAGAUUCUGUUUGCUUUGAUUAGAUUUUGGAAUGGUGUAAACGCCAAUAUCAAAAAGACAUUUCCUGAUCUCAGACUGCAGACGUGCUUGGGACCCGACACUGACAGAUACAUACUUGUAUAACUGAUAAAAAAAAAAAAAAGUUACAAUGAACAACAAUUGUUUGCUGCCUUCAUUCAAAUGAAGCUAAGAAGAAAGGUUACCAGAAGCUCCGGGGCUAUGAAGAUUUGACAUUUAAAACGAAUAACCCAACUCAGUGAAAAUGAGUUCACGUAUCAUCACAGUUUGCCUUCCUAAAAAAGAAUUCGGGAUAUGGAUGAGGUGCAUUCGAACAAACCGGUUCAGUUUGUGUACUGGUAAAAAUGGAUUGCUUGAGUCGCGUGAAGAAUUACACCGGGGUCAUUUAAAGGGAGUCAGAAUUCGAUUGGGAAUCCUUGGAAACACAGUCUGUCCGCUGUCAAUUAGGACAAGUUCACCAUUUGCUUUAUCAAGGUGCUAUGAGAGUAACUCAUUCAGUGUGGCUAAUAGACCCUGGAAAAGGUUAGGUCCAACAAAAACUAAGUGUACGACGUCUGCAGAAAGACAACAAGUAGCGGAUAUAGAAAGUGAGAACAAAAAAGACAAAGAACCAAACAGGGAAAAUGAGAAGAGACUCAGUCGUCUAUUUUCUGAAGACAGCAGAAAGCUUCUACAACUGGCUCACCCAGAACGGUGGCGACUGGCAGCUGCUGUGGGUUUCCUGGGUGUUUCGAGUAUGGUCACGAUGGCCGCACCUUUCUACUUGGGAAGAGUCAUUGAUGUCAUCUGUGCCAAUCCCGUAGGGGACGCGAGCGCCACCCUGACCUCCCUGUGUGCAAUGCUGUCCGGAGUUUUCCUCUGUGGUGCUACUGCUAACGCUGCCAGGGUCUACCUCAUGCAAAUCUCAGGACAACAGAUUGUGAGAAAUUUACGAGAAUCCCUUUUUUCCUCAAUUUUGAGGCAGGAGGUGGGAUUCUUUGACAAGACCCGUACUGGAGAGCUCAUUAAUCGCCUGUCCUCAGACACGGCCCUUAUAGGGCGUUCAAUUACCGAGAACCUCUCAGAUGGACUCCGUGCUCUGGCUCAGGCAACAGCCGGGGUUGGCAUGAUGUUUUAUGUAUCGCCUUCUCUUGCUACGUUGGUCCUUGGCAUCGUCCCCCCUUUUGCAGUCCUGGCUGUGGUCUGUGGAAGGUACCUGCGCAAAUUGUCCCGAAUGACCCAAGAUUCAUUGGCAGAAGCCACACAGCUGGCCGAGGAACGGAUUGGAAAUGUAAGAACAGUCCGGGCUUUUGGGAAAGAAUUCACUGAAGUGGAGAAAUACAUCAGCAAGGUCAACUAUGUCUUUCAGCUUGCAAAAAAAGAAGCAGUAGUUCGGGCAGGCUUCUUUGGAGCCACGGGACUGUGUGGGAACCUGAUUGUGCUCACUGUGCUGUACAAAGGGGGGCUGCUCAUGGGCAGUGAUCACAUGACAGUUGGGGAACUCUCCUCCUUUUUACUUUAUGCCUUCUGGGUGGGAGUGAGCAUUGGAGGUAUGAGCUCUUUUUAUUCUGAGUUAAUGAAAGGCUUUGGAGCAGGGACACGAUUAUGGGAGCUGCUAGACAGACAACCUGAAUUUCCACUGAAUGAAGGCUUUACUUUGAGACCAGAUCAACUGAAAGGUGCUCUGGAGUUCCAAGAUGUGACUUUCUCUUACCCAACCCGUAAGGAUGCAUCGAUUUUUCAAGGUCUCAGCUUGUCUGUUCCAGCGGGCUCUGUGAUGGCUGUAGUUGGUCCCAGUGGCUCAGGAAAAUCAACACUGGUAUCUCUGCUGUUAAGAUUGUAUGACCCGGACUCUGGUGUUAUUACGAUUGAUGGUCGAGAUGUGCGUGAACUGAACCCAUACUGGCUGCGGACCAACAUUGGGACUGUGAGUCAGGAGCCAGUUCUGUUCUCAUGCUCUAUUGCUGAAAACAUUGCCUACGGAGCACUGGAUCCUUCUCAGGUCACUGCAGAGGAGAUCUACAGGGCUGCUGAGUUUGCCAAUGCCAACAGUUUUAUCCAGAACUUUCCAAAGGGAUUUGACACUGUUGUUGGAGAGAAAGGCAUUCUGCUGUCAGGUGGUCAGAAACAGAGGAUUGCAAUUGCCCGAGCUUUACUCAAGAAUCCCAAAAUUCUCUUGCUAGAUGAAGCCACCAGCGCUCUGGAUGCAGAGAAUGAACACGUGGUGCAGGAGGCCCUGGAUCGGUUAAUGGAUGGACGCACUGUUCUGAUCAUUGCCCACCGCUUCUCCACCAUUCAGAAUGCUGAUGCUGUAGCCGUCUUGGACCAGGGCCGAGUGGUGGAAUGCGGAAAACACAAGCAGUUGUUAGAAAACCCACAAGGACUGUUCAAAAAACUCAUGGAAAAGCAAGCUAUCUUACAGAACAGCCAGAGACACUUGCGCAACAAGUAACAUGCAGAGCAAACCAGACAAUUUUUUUUUUUUCUUUUGGUAAGCAAGGCAAGUAAUUUUAUAUGUGCCUUGUUUUAAAAUGUAUAUGAAGAUCAUAUCAAAUAGUGUUUAUAGGAACAGUUGUAUUUUAUAAGAAGGAUGGAUUUUAAUCACAGAGGUGUUCUGUUGUUUUUUUUUUUCUAAAAAAACUCCAGAAAUAUAUUAAAUGUGUUCUCAAUUUUUAUAUUUAGUGGCAUGUUAUAUACAAUCUUUCAAAUUGGUACAACAGGCUCCGUACAUGUCAUGCUGAUUUGGAUCAUCAUGUUGUUGUUGUUGUUGUUGUUGUGUGGGUUUUUUUUGUUUUUUUUAUUCACUUAAAUGCCAGUUUAAUAAAUCCUUCCCCUUAUCUCUGAUAGACACCUGUAUGCCUUGUGUUUGGCCAAAUCCAAUAUAGUUGGAGGGAAUUGUAAAUAGCAGAUGUGAUGCACAAGACUGAAAGUGUUGCUGAUUUAUUAUUGUUAACCCCAAUACAUAAGUCUGUAUGUUGCACAUAUUGGGGCUGUUACUCAUAUUUAUCAUUAUUUCAUCCCACAAUGCUGCAAAAAAAGUAGUAUACGUCUAAUGUUAUAUAUGGCCAAAACUAAGACUGGUUUACCUGUCUCCUGUUUUGAGUGGAGAUGUUAAAUUAGCAUUAGGUCCCCAAGUCUAACAAUUCCCUUAUUGUUUUGCUGUUAUAUAUUUUUUUCUCUAGACUUGUAUUUCUUUGACUCAUGCAACUAUUAUUUUUCUGGGUUACAGUUAAUAGGACCUUACCUACACUUGUAUUCUGUGCUGCACAUUGAAUAGUAGUACAGUGUGCAGUACCCUAUAGCAUGUAACACAGGAAGUGAAUGUGGAUGGUAACCCAGCACUUCAGUCAUACCCAAAACUUAGACCAUUAUCUUCGUAAUAAUUGAGGAUGGCUCAACAGGCUAAAAACCUGAUAAAAUGAGACCCACUUACUACUUUAUUUUAGAACUGUUUUUAAACCAGCUCUAUAUGAAGACAUACAUUGCCAUUGGUGUAAGUGUUUUCCUGAAAUGUCAAUAAAAUAUGUUUUUCCUUGUAAUGUUUUAUAUUUGAUAUAUAUUUAUAAGUGAUUGUCAAACUGCUGUGAAAGAACUUGCUGGUUCAAUGCCAAUUUUACUGGUCGUCAGCCCGUCACAGAACAUAUAUUAUUGCAAAUUAAGGAUUGUCCUGAUACUUGUGACUUCCUUUUAAAGAAAUACAAAAAAUAAUCUGUUUCAGCCUUUAACAAUGUAUAUAAAUAAACUUGGCUUAAAUGGCUUAGAGUUAUGUUGCACUGUAUUCUAAGCAAA